AGCAGAGCAGGCAAACUUAACCACUAUGCCACCAGGCUAGCCCUUAAUGUUUAUAUAUUUUUAAAGACAAAUGAGCAGAUAAUUUUCAUUCUCAUUGUUCACCCCCCAAAAUGAGAACCAAAUUUCAUUGUUUUCUUAGGUAUAACUUUUAUUCCUCCCUCUUCUUGUAUCUCUCUCCUUUAAACAUAACUUCUUAAGAAUGAUUUACAUGUCUUUCUAUAACUUUCUUUCUUCCUUCAAUGAAAAUAUUCUGCAUACUCCUUAAGUGGCUGGCACUAGAUAUGAAACAAAGCGUAAUUAAAAUCAUAUUCAGAAAAUUAGAAAAUUAUAUUCAUGGUGGGGAGAGCAGAGACAGUCUCUUCAAGGAUACAGACCAGGUCUUACAUCCUAGCUUCAAUGGUCUGGCAAGUGGCAAAUGGUUAACAGGUGUUCAGUGCUUAACAGUGUUAACAGCAGCUUAACAGUGCUGAGCAACUGAUGAGAUCACAAAGGAAAAAGAAUGAUAGCUUCAAUUUCAUUACAUGUAAAACUUCGGGAAACAAAAUUUUUUGAAAACCACACCUCACUCAAAUCAAAAGACAACAAAGUGGAAAAAUAUCCACAUCAAAUAUGAUAAAACAUUUAAAGCUUUGAAUAAAGAUACUUUUAGAGCCAGCCUCAGUGGCCUAGUGGUUAAAAAAAAAAGAUUGAAAGCUUUAGUAUAUUAAAAGGUCAUAGAAAUGAUUUUUUAAAACCUGUAAGUUUUCACCCUCCUAAGACAAAUGGGCAACAAAUAUGAGCAGGCAAUUCAUAAAAAUGAAAGACAAAAGAGUAACAAGCCUGUAGAAAAAAUAUUCAGCUUCACUGAUGAUAAAGAAAUGCUAAUCUAAAUAAUGAAAUAUUUCCAUGAUCAAAUUUUAAAAUUGAACAAGGAACAAGAAUUCCUAAUGCCAGCUAGUAUACAGUAAAGCAAACACUCUCACGCCCUGCUGAAAGGAACAUAAAUUAGGGUGGUCGUUUUUGAAUAGCUUGUCCACAAAAAGUCCCGAAGUGGAAAACUUCCACGCCUUGUAGCAGAGCACAGAUAAGAAUGGAUUGCCCCAGUGCCAACAAAGCAAGAGUUUCAAAGCCAAGAACCUAGACGUUAAGCCUACGUGACACUUGCUGAACAGCAAAACAAUUGCCUUAUAUGGUAAUUCCGGGGUACUGGUGUGUGUAGAGGGAGGCAGGGGAGAGCCAUAAAAGGGAGGAGCCUGCAGUUCUAGUGUGCUCUGAUCUGGCUCUGAUGUCAAUUCACUUGGGAGGCCAAGACCACCCAAAUUCAGUAUGCCUCCGAAAGACAUGAGAGCAAGUGGGAGCAAACUAACCUGCCUCAGUUUGUGGUUUACAUCCUGCCUCAGGGGUAGUCCAAGGCUGAGUCUUCAUUCUCACCUGUCUUCGUCUCCCACGUCUUCUGGUCUGACUUGUUGCAUGUAUCUUUAGCUUUAGGAGUGUUCAUACCCUUUGACUUAGUAAGGCCACACUUAAGAAUCUAGCUUAAGGAAAGCAUUCUGUACUUCCUUGUUCAGAACAUGGUAAUUUAUGGUUCAAUAAAUAAUGCUGUCAUAAUGUGCUAUCCAUCUAGAAGACAAGAAGCACUUAGGAUCCAACCUCACACAAUAUUGUGAAAGGUAAAUGCACCGAACAUUAAGGAGAUGAUUUUGUUCAGACUAUUGCAAUAGGGAGAACAUUCAUUAAUGAGACCUUCUCAAUGAAAAGGAAAGGAGCCUGGGGUGAUAUGGAGGCAGGUAAACAAAGGAGCCAUCCCAAGUCUUAAGGGAAUCGUGAAGAAGGAUGGAGACGGAUCUUGUCUGAGUCCUUGAAGAAGGAUUGAGGAAGUAAUGGCUGAACACGAUUCCCAGUAUCUCAUUGAGCUGGAUGGAAAUAAGCCCCCAGAGGAGCUCUUCAUGGCAGUUAUGGAUCGACUUAAAUAUCUGAACCUAAGAAGAGCAGCUGUUUUAACUAAACUUCAGAGUUCAGAGGAAGAAAAUGAUGUAAUGGAAAAUGAUGAAUUGCUCCGUACUCUUGCAUCUUAUAAACUUGUUGCACCAAGAUAUAGAUGGCAGAGGAGCAGGUGGGGACAGACAUGUCCCGUGAUGUUAAAAGAAGGUAACAUUGCUCUAGGAUUGGCAGAUUGUUCUGUGAGUUUUCUAGGUAAAAUAUAUUGUCUUUCAUCAGAAGAAGCAUUAAAAACAUUUUUGUUGAACCCGCGUCCCUAUCUCCUUCCACCUAUGCCAGCACCACCAUUUAAAGUCUCCAUCUUUGGUCCGCCAUCUUCAGGGAAAACAACACUUAGCAAUUUGCUGGCAGAAAGUUACAAAGGAAAGGUAGUUGACUACGCCAAGAUUGUUCAACCACGUUUUGAUAAAGCCCUUGAAACGUUAGUGAGAAAUACUAUAGCUGAGAUCACUGAAGCAGCUAUCAAAACUGUGAAAGAACGGCUUCUCACAGAACUACAAGCUAAAAGACAAGCCCAGUCAGCUUUGAGAGAAAUUGAAAAAGAAUUUGAAAGACGGGAAUAUGACAAGUUCCCAACUGAUGAGUAUAAAAGCUUAGAAGACUUCCGCUCUUCACUUGGUGAAGAUGCGUUCGCUCAUGAAUCCCAAGUAGAAGGCUUUUCAGAGGACAAUGAAGAAACCAAAACGACAUCAGAAAAUGUCCUUGAUGAUCAAGCUGCCAGAAUUGAUAAAGAUGAUGAUAACGACGUUUUAUUUACUGAUGAAAAAGAAGUCCGUGAAGUGUCUAUAUUUAAAAGAAGUCCUCAAGACUCUAGUCAAGAUCUAAAGUUGGAUCCAAAACCAGACUCAGUAGAAGACUUACAGGAAGAGGUGACUGCAGAGCAUCCAGAAGUUCUCGCCGUGAUAGAGGAGACUGUGAAAACGGCAAAGGGUAUGAACUUCCAGCAGCCGUAUGAAAAACAUGCUGAAAUCUUAGAGGAGGUCCUCAAAGAAGUAGUUCAAGAAAACAAGGAUAGAUUUGCUGGUGCCCCAAAAUAUGGAGGAUGGAUAUUGGACAACUGCCCUAUUGUAAAAGAACUAUGGCUAAUCUUAAUGGAGAAGGGAAUUAUACCUGAUUUAAUAAUCUGUUUAUUGGAUACAGAAAACAAUGGAAAAUAUUUAUUUCACAAACUGUAUUUGGAGAAUAAAUCUGAAAUUGACUCUAAGAUUUUAGAAAGAUUAUUAGACGAACUACAAAAGAAAAAAACAGAGGAAGAGGCAGCAAGAAAAGCCACAGAAGAGGCACUGAGAAUAGAAGAAGAAAAUCAGAGGCUAAUAGAAGUUAUGAAAGACAAGGCAAAAGAAGUGGAAGAGCCUGAAACUGAGGCUGAAGAGGAGCUUGAAGGUGACGAGUUUGAAGCCCAGGAAAGCGAGACCAGAGGGUUGUUACCUGAAGAACCGGAAGCAUCUGAGGUCCCUGAAAUAGAACCUGAAUCAGUAUCUGAGAUUACUGAGGAUACUACAGUUGAAAGAGAAAUUCCAAAAGGAUCCAAAGAGGACAUGGAAACUAAAGAAUUACCUGAAACAGUUGUACUACCUGAGUUUCCAGAAGAUGCUUAUCCUGAUGUCCCUGAAAUGGAGCCACUUAAAGAGCAGGUUAAAUCUUUCCGCUCUGCCUGGCAACUGCUGGAAGCAACAAUCAAUGACUCUUUCAUUCAGAUUUUAAAAUUGGAGAUUGCUGACAAAACUCCAGAGGAACUACUUCAAAAAGUGAUGGAGACUAUGGAAAAACCUUUUCAGUACCCUGCAUGGGAGUUAACUUUGGAAGAUUAUGAUGAAGAAACAGAAGACUACCAGGCGGAAGCCGAGGCUGAUGAGGAGCUAGAGGAGGAAGACGAGGAAGAGGAAGAGAACGAAGACAGAAUUAAAGAGAAGAGGAGGCAUUUGGGAGACACAAAACACUUUUGCCCAGUGGUUCUCAAAGAAAACUUCAUCCUACGGCCAUGCAACACAGAAGAAUCAGCUAAAUAUCGAGAAAAGAUCUACUACUUUUCAAGUCCUGAAGCUAAAGAAAAGUUUUUGGAGCAUCCUGAGGAGUACGUGGCUGGUAAAGAACCAUUAAAGGCUCCUCCAUUAAGAAUAUGCCUUUUGGGUCCGCACGGCUCUGGCAAAACUGUCUGUGGACGACAGCUGGCAGAAAAACUGGGCAUUUUCCACAUUCAGUUUGAAGAGUUUCUUCAAGAAAAACUAAUGCUCAAAACUGAGAAGAAAAUUGGACCUGGAUUUGAGGAAGAUUCUGAGGAAGAACAACUUGCAAGACAAGAACUUGAAGAGCUGGCAAGUCAGGCCAACAUUACGAUUGAGGAAGAAAACACCAAGAAGCCGCCUCCAGAAGUACAACUUACAGAUGAAGAAGAAACAAUCCGAGCAAGUCUAAUGGAAAAUGAGCCAUUGCCUCCCGAAAUUCUUGAAGUAAUUCUUUCUGAGUGGUGGCUUCAAGAACCAAUACGUUCCACAGGUUUUAUAUUAGAUGGUUUCCCUCGGUAUCCUGAUGAGGCCCAGUUUCUGGGGGAACAUGGAUUUUUCCCGGAUGCUGCUGUUAUUAUACAAGUUGAUGAUCAAGAUAUUUCUGAACGCCUCCUUCCUUCCCAAAUGGAAAAGUGGAAACAGAAACAAAAGAAGAAAUUAGACAGGAAAAAACUCAUCAAAGAAAUAAAGGCAAAAAUCAAGGAUGAUAUGAUUUCUAAAAGAAGGGCUGAACUUAUAGCAGAGAGAGAGAAAAACAAGAAAGGGGAGAUUGGUAGAGAAGACGAUGAAUUUAGCCAGGAAGAGCCUGAAGAAGAGGAUGAUGAUAUUGACAACAUCCUCGAAGAGGAGUUUCCGAAAGAUGAAGCGAUGAGUGAGGAAGAUGAAGAACAGGAAAUCGAUGCACUCGAACGCCUGAAAGGCGAACUGGGAGAAAAAUUUGAAACAGAUUUGAGUAAUUUACAAAGCAUACAGGAAGAACUUGAGAAGUUUCUGAUACCGGUAAUUCUCAUUAAUGGAGCCCGGAAAAUUCACAUUGUACAAUAUAUGCUGAAUAUGAAACUGAAACCACUGGUGGAGAAUCGUGCGAGCAUCUUUGAGAAAUGUUAUCCAAUUGCACCACGCCUUGCCCAGAAAAUGCUGGGCCUUACCUACAAGCACAUAAGCUCUUUCGGCUACUGGGACCCCGUAAAGCUAAGUGAAGGAGAGACAUUCAAGCCACUUGAAAAUUCUGAGACUCCAGUUUAUCCUGUAAUCCAUCGUCAGUAUAUUUAUUUUUUAUCUAGUAAGGAAACUAAAGAAAAAUUUAUGAAGAACCCUAUAAAAUAUAUCCGCCAACCCAAACCUAAGCCUACCGUGCCCAUUAGGAUUGCCAUUGUGGGGCCACCAAAAUCUGGGAAAACUACAGUUGCCCAAAAAAUUUCAAGUGAAUAUGGUUUAAAGCAUUUGUCAAUGGGAGAAGCUUUGCGUUAUAUAUUAAAUGAUCAACCAAAUACAGAGCUGGCACUUAUGUUAAAUUGGCAUCUUCAUAAAGGAAUGACAGCACCGGAUGAACUGGCUGUUCAAGCCUUGGAAAUAGCUCUGAUGGGAAGUGUAUGUAAUACAGUAGGUGUUGUCAUUGAUGGAUACCCUGUAACUAAAUAUCAAAUGAGUCUGUUGGAAGCUAGGGCAAUCAUUCCCAUGAUCAUCUUUGAGUUGGAUGUGCCUUCUAAGGAGAUUUUCAAAAGAUUGCUCCUCGAAAAAAAAAAGGAACAAAGUUUGCCUUAUCCAUUGCACAACAGCACACAGAUUAUAGCCAUCAAAAAUGCAAAGCAUCACAAAAAUAUUGUUGAGAUUAGGAAAUAUUAUCAAGAACAACAUCAGAACUGGUAUGUGAUUGAUGGGUUUCACAGCAAAUGGUGGGUCUGGAAUGAAGUCAUUAAGAAAAUUCAAAUGGUGAAUAAAUAUUUGCAGAUAUACCUGGAAAGAAUAAAAGCAGGAAAAGCCGCCUGCAUUGACAGGUUAUGCAUCACGCCUCAAGAACUGAUUUCUCGCCUGGGUGAAUUUGAACAGUUCUGCCCUGUCAGCCUGGCAGAAUCACAUGAAUUAGUUGAUUGCUCUGUAACUGAGUCCUUGGAAUUUGCAGCAGAGUUCAGAGGGCACUAUUAUAAAAUGAGUUCUCGGGAAAAACUAAACAAAUUUUUGGAGAACCCAGAAUUGUAUGUGCCUCCAUUAGCACCUCACGCGCUCCCAUCGGCCGACAUGAUCCCCAAGAGGCUGACGCUGUCAGAGCUGAAGAGCCGAUUUCCCAAGUGCGCUGAGCUCCAGGGCUACUGUCCAGUAACCUAUGAAGAUGGGAAACAAAGAUAUGAAGCCCUAGUACCUGGUGACAUUAACUAUGCUUUAGAAUAUCGUGAUCGUAUAUAUAUUUGUGAGAGCAGAGAAAAACUCCAGAAAUUUUUGCGGUCGCCACUGAAGUACUGGAAUCAGAAGCUUCCAAACAAACUUCCGCCGUUAAAGGAACCGAUACAUCUUACUAGCCUUCCUUUGCCAGGAUAUCUGGAACAGAUGGUUAGCCCUUCAGUGUGGUUUACUAUCAAAAGGCACAAUGAGGCUCACCCAGCGAGCAGUAUUCUCCUAACGGCCGAGUUGCAUCAGGCAGGCCUCCCACCUUCUUUCACAGCUGCACUGGGUAUCGCAACAUCUCUAAUCAAGGCAAUGAAUUCAGCAGGAUGCUUAAAGCCCAAAUUCCCCUUCUUGAGUAUAAAGAGAUCUGCGCUGCUCUAUAUAGCAUUUCACCUAAAAGCUUUUAAUCCCAAAGGUUCUGAAUAUACAAGAAAAAAGUAUAAGAGGAAGAUGGAACAGUUUUUGGAGAGAUGUGAGCUCAUCACAUAUCUGGGUGCCAAGAUGACCAGAAAAUACAAGGAACCUCAAUUCAGAGCCAUUGACUUUGAUCAUAAAUUACAGACUUUUCUCUCUCUGAGAAAUACAGACCCAGUGAAUGGGUAAUUUGCUCGGGUAACCGCAACCAGGAUCUCAAGAGUUAUCUGAAAGGGACAGAAGGCAACAGACUGAAAAUCUGGCCCUCCCUGAUGUACUUUUCCCUCCUGAGUGAUGUUACCACGGCUGCCAGACCUCAAAUGGACUCAAAGCUCUGCCAGCCAGGAAGGAGUGCUCAUCUGUAAGCAUAAGUUUUAAUAAGAUUUUAAAGUUUAUCGCUCUUUGCCUCGACUUUGAGGCUUUCACAAAAUAGCUAUUCUAUUUAGAAUUCCCUUUAGAAUAUUUAGGUAACUUAUUUUACUUAAUAAAUCUGUUAUUCAUUUUCCUUUCUGAUAUUUUCAGUAGAAAAGUCAGUCUCUCUUACGGAAAAUUGCUCAGGAAAUGUUAGAAAGCUUCAAGAAACAAAAUUCACAUUGGUAUAAAUAAAAGGGAAAUAUUGGUUACAUUUUGAACAUAAGGAGAUGUUUGUAAACUUCAUGAACAUAAGACACUUUGUUUCCCAGCAGAAUAAAUGGAUUUCAAGAUAACUAAA